AAGAGAAAGACGAAGAAGAAGAAUUUGAGCCGCAGACAUAAACAUGGAGCCUUUAGCGAACAAAAAAAGUGCGACAGACGCGAGUGAACUCGACCAAAGCGUCAGUUUCCAGGAAGUUUCCUCUGUGGCUACGGGCUGGAUGGUGGACUUCAUGUUCCGAGGCCUGUGUCGACAUUUUAAAGAAGCUGAGUUCGAGGAAUUCAACGAGACGCUGUCGGUUUUCGAGGCCAUUUCCAAGAGUCCGGCUCUCAAAGAAGACGAGUACAGUGAGAAGAUACUGAUAUGUGCCUUCCUCGCCCGAAUCAUGCACGGAAAACAGCUGGACGUCCUCUUUGAGGAGGACAGGGGUGUGAUGCCUCUGAUGUCCGCCGCCAAAAUAUGGGCAAAGCUGGAAGAGACUGUGGCAGAUGAAGCUGUGUUUAAAAACAUAACCAUUCUUUUGGUUGUCCAGUCUGUGGCUGUUUGUCUGGAGAAAGGCGAAAGAUCUUCUGCCUCCUCAGUUCUGAAGUGGUUUGAGAAUGACGAUGGGCUCCCACAGAACUUGGGAGUCAAGCUGAAAACCAUCGUGACACAGACAGAAACUUACCACCCAUUACUAAUGAGCUUCAGCUUUAACCACCUGCUGGAGGCAGUCCAGUCUUACCUGGAGGUUUACCUGGAGAAGAAUCCUUCUGACGACCUUCUUAAGGAAGUCACCAAGAGAGUCCUGUCAUCACAGAGUGUCGAGGGUUUAAAGGACAAGGUGACGCAUGUGAGCUCUCACUCUGAAACAGUCGAUGAAUCAAUGGAGGACGAUCUAAAGACGAAGGACAGCACUGUGUGUUUGAGAACAAAACGGAAACUACUCUCAACUAAGAUCACUGAGGUAUGGAAACCUGAAUCGGGGAGGAAGCCUUGUCUCUCCAUCAGAAGAAUCCCUGAGAGUGAGUUGCCUCAGUUGUCUCAGAUGUCUGAGAAGUCGAUGGACAGCACAGACAUCCAGAAGAAAAGAAAAGCGCCUCAGAAAUGGACGCCUCAGCUGGACAAAUACCUCAAGGAUGGCGUCAAACGUCACGGCCCCGGGAAGUGGUCUCGCAUUUUAAUGGCUUACGACUUUAAAGGACGCACAGGAGUGAUGCUCAAAGACCGGUGGAGAGUUCUAGUGAAGGCAGACGAAGUGUGAGCCCACACUUCUGUCUUUAACUUGUAAAUAUAUUCAUUGACCUAUCUGGUCUACUUCCCCUAAUAACUGAAAAUGUUCCUUUUGUGUUAUUGGCUUGUAAUACUUUGCUAUUUGUACUAAAAAAGAAACCACCAGAGGGCAGUCAACACAGAAAAGUGACUACUUGCAUUGCUUUCUAUGACAAUUCAUGCUUGGACAUCAAAUUUGUAAAUGUUUUACUCUGAAUUGUAGCUUUUUCUCUUUAAGCAUUUCUUAUAGACUUAAUGACAUUUGUUAAAUUAAUUUUCUGUUUGUUUUAUUUACUCAUGUCACGAGACCAUGAGCUGUGGUGUCUUUUCUAUUUUUAAUAAAUGUAUGAUAGUCACAAAUGUAAAAUAUUUUUUUAAUUUUACAAAUCAAAGUUAAAUAUCUUUGAAAGAAAAUUGUUACAAAAACAAAAUAGUAGCUGGUUACAAUAAAAAUGUACAAAAAAACAACA